AGGUUACCCGUCAAUAGAGUGGAAUCUUAGGAAACAAGCUGAGUGGUGGUGGUAGCGAACCGCAGCAGAGUCUGUAUCUUCAUCUUCUUCUUCGCGAAUCUUUGUGAGCUCGCCCAAUCUCUAGGGUUUGUGUUGUCUGAGACUCCCAAUUCCAAAGGAAAAGAGAAAGAUAUAAUACAUAAUGUCACAGAGCGGGAAGCUGAUGCCAAAUCUGGACCAACAGAGCACUAAGCUCCUCAACCUCACCGUUCUCCAGCGAAUCGACCCCUUCGUCGAAGAGAUCCUCAUCACCGCUGCUCACGUCACUUUCUACGAAUUCAACAUCGACCUCAGCCAAUGGAGCCGCAAGGACGUCGAGGGAUCUCUCUUCGUCGUGAAGAGGAGCACGCAACCACGUUUUCAGUUUAUUGUGAUGAACCGACGCAAUACGGAUAAUUUGGUGGAGAAUCUGUUGGGAGAUUUUGAGUAUGAAGUCCAGGUUCCAUAUUUAUUAUAUCGAAAUGCAGCACAAGAAGUGAAUGGUAUUUGGUUUUACAAUGCACGUGAAUGUGAAGAGGUUGCAAAUCUUUUCAGCAGGAUACUUAAUGCUUACUCCAAGGUGCCUCAAAAGUCAACAGUGCCUUCAAACAAAAGUGAAUUUGAAGAACUAGAAGCAGUCCCAACUAUGGCAGUUAUGGACGGUCCUCUGGAGCCACCAUCAUCUACUGCCUUCAACGCCCCUGAUGUUCCUGAUGAUCCUUCCUUCGUGAACUUCUUCAGUGCAGCUAUGACUAUUGGGACUGUUUCAAAUGCAGUGAUGACUGCACAACCUUAUCAGUCCCCUGCACCAGUCCCUCCAAAUUCCCAUCCAGUUGGUGUUGCCUCUCCUAUGGUACCAACCUUGCAAAUCCCAUCUCCUCCUCUGUCAUCUUCUACUCCUUUAAUGCCUCUCCUUUAUACUACUGAAUCCAACAGUAACAGCAACAGGGCCACCAAUAUUAUAAAGCCUUCUUCAUUUUUUGUUCCUCCCCCUUCCUCUUCUGCAAUGAUGAUGCUACCUGUCUCUUCACCCGUGCCUACUGCUCCUCCACUUCCUCCAGCAGUGAGCCUACAACGCUCAUAUGGUGCUCCAUUGUUACAACCAUUUCCACCACCUACUCCACCUCCACCAUCUCUUACUCCUGCGCCUGUUCCAACUCCAAACUAUGGACCAGCUAUUAGCCGAGAUAAAGUCCAAGAAGCACUACUUGUGCUUGUUCAGGAUAAUCAAUUUAUCGACAUGGUGUAUCGAGCUAUUCUGAAUGCACACAACUCGUGACAAAUUGGAAGAGGCACAGACGUUGCGGAUGCUGGAUUUUUGCUGAUUAUGUAGUUUUGUUUGUUUGUUUUUCUUUAUUGGGUUUGUAUCUUGUAGGUGGAAGGAAGUGCAUGUGAUAUAGAGAUUGUAAUAUUGUAUAGCAAUUAUCUCCAAUCACCUUUUCUGCUGGUAAUACAUUCCAUUAAUAUAAUAUAGCAAGUAUAUGGAUAUUUAUUGGUU